CUUACUAAGUUCGCCUAUUUUAAUUUUUAUAAAAAAUUAAAUAUUAUAAAAAACUUAGUAAAUAUAUUUAUUAAAGUUAUAUUUUUAAACUACGGCUUAUUAAAAGAAUUUAUUUCUAAUAAAAAUAAGCUAUUUAUUUUAAAAUUUUAG